AAUCCGAACAGCAUAUAUAGACGAAGCGAACGCGAUGGUUUUUUAUUCACGAGCGUUGAUCGAUAUGAGUGUCAUCAAGAAUGUUUCGUGAGUUCGUCAUUUGUUAGAACAGUUCUAUAUGUUUUGUGUUUGAUAUAAGGGUAAAUAACUUGUAAGUGAACAGAUUUAUGGAGAAGAAAGAGAAACCAGAUUCCUAGAGAGUGACUAUAAGGAAUUAAAAGUCCACGUUGGAAGCAGAAAAUUAUUUUUUAAGUGAAAAUAGUCAACAUCAUAUUUUUUCAACGAGCUUACUAUCAAAAUGUCUCAUUACCGAGCGCGGAAGCAGCGAUUCGGUUGGAUUCUAAGUAUCUUUCUGCUCUACCCCGCCCUGGUCUCGUCUCACGAACCUGUGCCCGCGAAUUAUCAGAAUACACCAGGUGCAUCGACCCUGAAGAUAGAGGCCAAAGAAUCCGAAGCGUCGAUAACUCUGGGGAAGGAUCUAGUCCUCGGUCCUUCUUUGUCGACCAAGGCGUCGAUCAUCGCCGACUCAAACGACGUCGCUUCUACAAAAGUUACUCCCCUCGCGUCUCCCACGAUCAUCAGUCGAGUGUCUUCCGGAGAGCAUGCCGCUUCCCGAAGACCCGUCUCGAAGGAUGCGGGCCCUCGCGGCUCUUACGUCGACAGCCGCAAGCCUUGGGCAGGCAAAAGCCCGAAGGCCGCUUUUGCGAAAAGGGACAGCUAUCUCCAGGCACUGAUGCACUCGCGUAACAGCGACGAUCCGCGAGAGGGGAUCGUGCAGACGGAUUCAAAGACAAAGGCAAAUAGGAGAGCUGAGUACGUGCAGGGUCCCAUUUACAAGCCGGAAACCGAGUACGGUUCGCCCGAUUCGACGUACCCGUCGAAGAGGCCGCGAAUCACCUACGACGGACCCAACAGCCCUCCUUCACCCAGCGACUCUUAUCCUCAACCCUUCAGGCCGUCGGAUUACAACACACCGCAGAAUUCUUACGGCCCGCCGCAGAAUUCGUACGGACCGCCGAAUGACGGUGUCUCGUUUUAUCCUCAGAUUUCUUCGUAUGGACCACCCGGAAACUACUUACCGCCCCAACAAGGAUAUGGUCCUUCCGUUCCAACUCCAAUUUAUGGUGCUCCCUACGCGCUUCCGGAGACUCACAUCUCCCUUCUGCCGAGUAUCGAUCUAGGAUUGCCGCUCGCUCUCAAACUAAACGCAUUCACCAUCGCAAAAAUUAUAUUAAAGUUGGUAAUCUUCAAGAUGAUCGUGAAAUUUAUCGCUGUAAUCUGCUUGCUGCUCUUUAUACCUAAACUCGAGAUCAUCAAGAAGAAGGUCUCUAAUAAAGACGAUGACGACGAGGAACGAAAUUUCUCAUCGCCCUUUGCCAGCUUGGAAACUUUAAACGGCCUCGAAGAUAUAGUAAAAAGCUCCGUUGAGAAGUACGAAGUGCAAAACAGCGCUCGUUUAAAUUCGACGGAGAAAUGCACGACACUUGCGUGCCGUAUCACCGAAGCAUUUACGUUCCACGAAUCUCGGCGUGAUUAUUUAAAUUUAUUCAAGAGUUACGUAGAGGAAGAGAGGCAGCUCACAAAACGGAGAGACCAAUGAGAAAUUUACAUUGUCAUCGAGCUUCAUCGUCGCGUCAUCUCUCCCUACUCUAGUAAUUAUUUAUUUAUAUACUUAUCCAUAUUUAUAAAAAUUAUUCCAUACGAAAUGCUGGAUUUAUUCUUUUGAUUUUCAAUGCUCAAAGUUAGGUCAUAAAAGUACGUUUUCUUUAUACAAAAGAAUCUGUUAAAAAGCGCUGCGAAUAUAGAGCGCUGUCAAAUCUGUCUCGUAAUCGACGUCAAUCGGAACGACGCGAUUAGAGAAGAUUACAGGAAUAAUCUUUCCUUUCACAGCACUAUGAUACUAUGAUUAUUCAGUGCCACUGUGUGCCAAGUAACAAAGUAUGCUAAAAAAUGAAACAUUAUUUUAAUAAAUUAUUUGCCUUUUUGUGGA